AUGCUCAGCCUGUCUGGUAUUAGCUUUGCUGCUGCGAACACUAAAGCCGACUCAUUCCGCUUCCUCCAUGGUGGGUUCUCUGCCAUCAUGACCGUAUGUUGGUUGGUCAUUGCCGUGGCCCUCUGUCAUUGGUCUAUCACAUUCUAUAAGCUAAGACUCGAUCGGGGGGAGAUCACCUUGGUGCCAUCUAGAGAUCGUUACGCCCAGGAUCUGGUAGAUGACCUUUUCAACUCAUUCACCAGAUCGUAUAGUGAGGGUGAGUGUCGUGAUGGUGGCUAUGAUAAGGCCACUAAGAUGUUCAUAAGACCCUACUGCAAGGAGUUCCAGACCUUCCGUGAGCUGAUUCGCUUAGCUCGAGAGCCCGAGACCGUUCAACACCUCGAGGAGUGGGAGUACUGUAUGUCUGAUACACCAUCCUUAAGUCAAGCCAUCGUAUUUGUGCUUCUGGCUGCGUCAACAGUCGUUAGCCUUAUUGGUGGAGGAAAUAGCUCGACUACUGAUGACGGUGACGAGGAAAGGGAACGCUUGAUUCAGGCUAUUGCAUUUGUUAAGAAUUCUUGUGAUUUCCGGCUGCAAACUCAACAAACCAUUGGAGUAAUCGUUUGCAGAAUUAAUCCUCAAGUUGAGGUCCUCAACCCUGAAGAGAGUGACCAUGUAUGCUCUAAGACUGAUGCUCAGACAUUCGACUAG